ACAGGUAGACACACAGGUAGACAGACAGGUAGACAGGUAGACAGACAGGUAGACAGACAGGUAGACAGACAGGUAGACAGACAGACACAGGUGUGUAGUGAGACACUACACAGGUGACACUAAGAGGCGCGAUGACGCGUCAUUCGGAGCUCAACCGGCAAACGGAGGGCGUUUACAAGAACAUCGCUGAUCAGUUCAACCCCGGACUGCGAUCGUUCCUUUCAGCCGGACGAACCUACGAGAAGUCUCUCUCCAAUGUCACCGUAGCAGCGAAGGGAUAUUUUAACUCUCUGGUGAAACUGGGGGAGAUGGCGUCAAGCAGCAAAGCCUCACAGGAGAUGGGAGAUUCUUUGUUCCAAAUGGCUGAACUGCACCGGCAGAUUCAGAUUAACAUGGAAGAAUCGGUGA